AAAUAAGGUGAAUUUUUUGGGAUUGAUACUAGCUGAUUAACGACCUUUUGAACCACAAGAUUUGAAAAAUAACUAGCUAUUGGGACUGAGGUUUUACUUGACACCUAAGGCUACCUUGCCUCUUGGAGACUGAAUCACUCAGGUUCAAAUCUGCGAUAAUGCCUGUGAUUGUGCUGGAGGCCAAAGACUUCACCAGUCCUCUUUUUUUGGUGCGCACAUGGGAGGUCUUGUCCAGUUGCACUACUUUCAGUCUCGUGGCCUCGCUGGAACCUUCGGAGUUCAGCAAAAAUCAAUCUCACCACCAACACGUCAACACAUUCAGGAUCUUCUCCAUGUUUACCUGGUGCUUCUUCUUCACCCUCACUCUCCUCAUCCACAUACUCAGCGUCAUCCAGUUUCACAGCCUCAUCCCGGUAUCCUGGAAGAACCUGACUAUGACAGUGGCAGUGUUGGGUGCACUGAUGUGCCUCGGUGCCUCUGUACUUUUCCCAUGGAUCGUCAUGGAUCACCGAGUGGUGACGCCGCGCUCUGUGGCAGCUGCGGUGGUUUCCUGUCUCACCUUCCUGGCCUACACUGCAGAGUCCUACGUUCUUCGCACCCAAGCCCAUGAACAAAGAGGCUACAUGGGCAGCACGGCUGGUCUCCUCAAGAUAGUCCAACUGUGGGGAGGCUGUCAGGUGAUACCCCUGCUUGUUGAGGUGGUGUGUGGACUGCCUGGUGUAGUACACCGUUGGCAGGUAUUGGUUACCUGCACAGCGUACGGUGUCUGUGUCCUUAUGUGUGUAGUCACACUGGUGGUUAUAUUAGGUGACUUUGCUGCGCGAUGUCUCCUGCCUUUUGACAAAUUGAUGGCUGGCUUCAGUCUGAUCGGGGUGUUGUUCUACAUGGUGGCCACAGUGAUUUGUUUUACCGAGAUCCUGCAGCUGAGAGAACUUGGACAAAGCGCCCCCAACAAAAGUGCCGAGCUGGUUAUCAUGGAAGCCGUGGUCGCCAGUAUUACACUGUUAGCUUACACCAUGGACCUUGCCUUCUCCAUUAAACUGCUGUGUGACAGGAGUCAUGCAUGAAAUGGUACAUCACAUUAAAUGCACUGCCUGUAAAGUUGAAAGGAAAUGUUUUGUUGCUGUGUAAUCAAACUAUCUCUCUAGACCUAUGGAGAGCUAACUUAGACCUAUACAAGUUGUUUACAUAGUAAAUUUAAAGCCAACCAAAAAUAUAUAACUGAUCACCAGGAUCACACUGUAUUGUUGUUGUACUGAUAUGUGAAAGAGCUGUGUGACAUAUGUAGAUUAAUGAACUAUGACACACAUACUCAGCAACCACUAAAUGUGAGUUAUGUGUCAGGUGCACCUACUCAUAAGCACAUGGCAUCCUUUAUGGAUAACGUGGUGCAUGAAAUGCACUGGUCGCUGAAUUUAAUUAAUUUCAAGUUUAUUUGUAUAGCGCCAAAUCACAGCAUACAUUGUCUCAAGGCACUUUACAUGGUAAUGUCAAUAUUACAAUAUUACAGAGAAAAUAAAAACCAAAUAAAAAAUCCCACAAUGAGCAAGCUCUUGGCGAAUUGGCGACUAUGGAGAGAAGAAAAAAAACUCCCUUACAACAGGAAGAAAUCUCUGGCAGAACCGGGCUCACUGAACAGCAAUCAUCACUAAUGAAGACAAAAUUUCACACUGAUGACUGUGAGGAUAUGAUCAAGACUUCAAGAUCUACAAAAAUGAAUACAACUGAAGUACAAAGGUGCAGAAUAUCAAUAAAAAUGUUUCUCUCACCACUGA